UCAACUCUCUAACACAUCAUACAACUCAUCGCCCAACAUGGCUAAGCAUCAACUCACCAUCGUUUCCGAGGGCUUCCCUUCAGAACUGAUCCUCCAAAUGGUUCAAUACCUGCCCUUCAAAGACGGGAGAACCAUCGCCGCACUCCGUCAUGCACACCCGCGUAUCAAGGCUCUCCUCGACGCCUACGAGUGCUCUAUCACCAAGAGCUUUGUCAAGAACGAGCUUCGACACGCUCCAACGGACUUCUCCUACAGCAAGGAGGAUUUCAGAUACGAGUGGCUGGCAGAGUGCGCCAAAAACUACAACGUUGUGGACGAUGUGAUGGGCGCCCUCAUCUGUGACCAGAACUGCUUCGCCGUCGAACGCAACAACAUGGCACUGGUCAACACAGGCCUGUUGCUCAUGUACAAACUCUUGUCACACAAGACCCACGCCACCAAGCUCACAUUUAUCAAGUCCCUCCGACGAGACCCCUUGAUAGCAAUGUACCUCGCCUUGCACCACGCCACGCUGGCAGCACGCUACCACGGCUCAGGCUGGAUGCACCAGCGCACAUAUGGCCGCUUCCUGGACGGCGAUCAGCUAUCCUUGCGCAACGAGCUCGAAUUCUGCUUCGCGGAAGGUAUGCUCACCGUCGGUCCCAAGUUCAUCUCCGACAUGCUUCUCAACCAUGCCUCGUCCGAUGCGGAAACGACGCUGCUCAACCUCUACCACGAUUAUGGUGUUCAUGAUUGGGAGUGGCCUAGUGAAGAUGCGACUGGGGAGUUCGAACCUCCUAGGACGCAGGGUCCGCGAAGAGAGCCGGGGAGUAUGGGAAGGAGUCUCUUCACCACGCUGCUUGAGAGGAUGGCGGAUGUCAUGGAUUGUCUGUUGGAGGAGGUGAGGAUGAAUGUCGAGCGGGAUACUGAGAGGGUGGAUCACCCGCUUGCGUACCUCAAUUUGGAGGGCAAGGCUCGAUUGCUUCAGGGGUUCGACUUGGAGGGGUAGAGAGAGUCGGUCUGCGGGCGUUUUGUGCUUGGGUAAUGGGCGAACGGUUGACGACGGCAUUAUAUGGCGUACCUUUGUUUUUUCAUGAACUAUACCGAUUAGAUGCGGUAAGGUGCGAGCUGGAAACUAGAUCCAAGACCUGCUCCAGCUC